UCACUUCCCUAUCUGCCCAACCCCUCUCCCCUCCACAGAAAACACACACACACUCAUAUACAUGUUUGAGGUAUAUAUAUUUGUAUCUUGUCUACCCACUACACAUUACUACUUGUAAAUUCAAGCCUAUAAUGGAUAGAUAUUUCCAUCUCUACCUCCUUAUAACAUCACUCUUACUUCUUCAAUGGUUGAUUGGUUAUAGCUCAGCCAAAUCAGAUAUCAACCCUGAUCGUUCUUCACUUAUUGCCUUCAAAUCUCGAAUAUCUUCAGAUCCCCAUAAUAUAUUAUCCCAAAAUUGGAGAAACGAAAGCAAUAUCUGUAGUUGGAUCGGAGUUACAUGUGAUUCUCGCUAUCACAGGGUGACUCAGUUGAAUAUAUCUUCCAUGGGUCUCGUAGGAACCAUCCCACCUGAAAUCGGAAAUCUUUCUUUUCUCGUUUCUUUAGAUUUGAGCGAGAACUCUUUUCACGGCCCUAUUCCCACAUCUAUUUUCAACAUGUCAAGUUUAGAAGUUUUGAAAUUGAGGAAUAAUAGUUUGUCAAGUAGCCUGCCAAUUGAUAUGUGCAAACACAAUCUUCAUAAGCUCAAGAGACUUCAUAUUUCUUACAACAAGUUGUAUGGGGAAAUACCAUCAAGUUUGGAGCACUGUUCACAACUUGAGUAUGUUUCUUUGGUCAGCAACAAUUUUAGUGGAAUUGUGCCAACUCAAAUUGGGAACUUGACAUUGCUUCAAGAGUUAUAUUUGGGUUCCAACAAUUUAAGUGGUAAUAUUCCAAAAGAGAUUGGUGGUCUUACUAAUUUAGCAGGUUUGGAUCUGAGCAUCAACAACUUUAUCGGACACGUUCCAAGGGAAAUUGCAAACUUGACAUUGCUUCAAUUGUUGGACCUUAGUAAAAACAAGUUGAGCGGUAAUAUUCCGAAAGAGAUUGGUUAUCUUACAAACUUACAAGGUUUGGGAAUGAGUUCCAAUGAGUUUUCAGGUCCUAUACCUGCAACUAUUUACAGCAUGACUUCCUUGGAGUAUUUGGACUUUGCAUCGAAUGAUUUGAAUGGAUCGCUAUCAAGAGAUAUUGGAAACAUGACAUCCCUUCACAGAAUAGGCCUCGAAGGAAAUAAUCUAAUUGGUGAAAUUCCAAAAGAGAUCGGUCGACUUGCUAAUUUCGAGCGAUUGAGCAUGUGUUGCAACAUAAUUAGUGGUUCAGUGCCAAGAGAAAUUGGGAACUUGACAGCCAUGUUUGGUAUAUACCUUCACAACAAUGCUUUAAGUGGUCCUAUACCAAAAGAGAUUGGUCGUCUUGUUAAUUUAUGGGAGCUGCAGUUGGAAUACAAUUAUCAUAUCAAUGGAUCAUUGCCAAAGGAAAUUGGAAACUUGACAUCCCUUUCCUACUUAUUGCUUAACGAUAAUAAAUUGAGUGGUGAAAUUCCAAAAGAAAUUUUUCUUCUCAAUAAUUUAUUGCAAUUGAACAUCGGAAGCAAUCAACUUAGUGGAUCAUUGCCGAGAGAAAUUGGCAACAACACAAGCAUUCAAGAUUUGUGGCUUCACUUCAAUAACUUAAGUGGUCCAAUACCAUCCACCUUUGUGAAUCAAUCAAGUCUGGUUACUUUUGCACUACGUUCCAACAACUUAAGUGGAGAGAUUCCACCAUCCAUUUGCAACUUGAGAUCCCUCAGAAUCCUCUAUUUCUCAGACAAUAAUUUGGAAGGUGCACUUCCAGAUUGUCUGGGAAACCUGGGCUCAUCCUUGGUAAUCUUUCAUUUGAAUGCGAAUAAACUUAAUGGCCUCAUCCCGUCAACAUUCGCAAAGGGUUGCAGUCUUCAGUCAAUCAAUCUGAAAGGAAACAAAUUGGAAGGAACGCUUCCCCAAACCCUAAUCAACUGCCAGGAUCUGCGGGGCAUCGACAUUAGUGAUAACGAAAUGCGAGGCACGUUUCCCUUCUGGAUGGAAAGACUCCCUCACCUUCGCAUCCUUCUCUUGAGGUCAAAUAACUUCAAUGGAACGAUGUUGGUGGCCACAAACUCGAACACUGAGAAGCCGUUUCCAAAGUUGCAAGUCUUGGAUGUAUCAGAGAAUGCGUUUGUUGGAUCUCUACCCGAUAGAUAUUUCAAGAGCUUUCAAGGUAUGAUAGAUGCAAAGGAAAACCAGACCAACGAUGGAGCAAAUUUGUUUCUAAGUUUUUUAGAGAUGGCACUCACAAUAAAAGGAUUGGAUCAGUUAUUGCAGCGAUUGUUGAUAACCUUCACAACUAUCGACUUAUCCUCCAACAGAUUCUCUGGGAGUAUUCCACCUUCGGUAGGGAAUCUUAACUCUCUUAGAUACUUGAAUUUGUCUCACAAUACAAUUGAAGGACAUAUACCGCCAUCUCUUGGAGGUAUGAGUUUGCUCGAGUCGUUGGACUUGUCUUCGAACAAAUUGGAGGGACAAAUUCCGGGUGAAUUGGCAAAUCUGACAUUUCUUGCGAAGUUAAACCUUUCGAAGAAUAAUCUGGAGGGACAAAUACCACAGUCUACUCAACUUUCCACAUUUGGGAACGAAACAUAUGCUGGAAAUGCAGGAUUGUGUGGAUUUCCAUUGACGAAAAAAUGUGAUCCGAGCGAUGGAAAACCAUCGUUGCCGCAAGAAGACGACGAUGAGUCUGGUUUUGUGAAUGGAUUUGGGUGGCAACCAGUUGUGUUGGGGUAUGGAUGUGGGUUCAUUAUUGGAGUGCUUAUGGGCUACGGAAUUAUUCACUAUGAAAAGCCAAAAUGCGUAAGGUGGUCGUAUCUCCCAGUAACUAGGCAUCCAUGGUUGUUCAUAAGUUGAGGACUCAUGCCCGGGUUGUCGCGCGAUGCUUGGAUUUCAGCAACCCGGAGAUCAGCCGCAUCCAACCUCUUGUUUAACCUGCUGCAGAAAGCCAUUAUCCGGUCGCAUAGUGAAGAUAGAAGGAUUUCCUCGUUGGGAUUCAUGGAUGAAGGAUGAAAGGCCAAGAUGGUUAUUGAAAUUUAUUUUUGGUUGAGAGUGAAGAGUGCUUUAGAUGUGUUUACAUUCUCUUGCAUAUGAUAGUUUUGUUUCUGCAGUUGUAUGUGUUUGGUACGGUAAUUAGUUUUGGAUCAGAGGCUUUAGAAAAGUAUUUUAUACGGUAAUA